AUGGCUCAACCUCAGCGCAAGACAGACAUCUCCCAGACCGGAAAACGAGGAGGAUGUGGCUGGACAUGCCCGUCGAGUUCGCCGAGGGAAUUUUGGAUCUGCGCUGAGCCCAAUGCGAGAAGAGAUGCGAGUCCAAAAAGAAGGAAGAUGAGGCCCGUCCACCCUUUGACUCCCUCGACUGGUCCAGCCGCUCCCUCCACGGUGGCAGUCCUUCACCCAGCCGCCCCAGCAGCUCGGUUCAAGAUACCAAGCUGCCAGAGGUCACGUCGCCCAGAGGUCCCCGCCCAGGCAGAGACGAGACAAACUAGCUGGAAGUCCCACGGUCCCCACUCCAGAUGGUUCUCCGCUGGCUUCGAGAGAUGCGCUGUGGGGCCGAGCAAGCCCCAAGGAAGUUGCGCCGGACUCUUGAGUAGAAUAUUCGUCUUGGUGGCCAAACGGCGGUACUACGGAACGACAGAGCGGGUGUGUCUGAUCCAGGGCACGGUGGAGGCGCUGAACGGAGUCCAUGACUUCAUCGCUGAGAAGGUGAGGGAGAUGCCUCAGAGCACCCAGAAGACAGAGCCGGUCAGCAUCUUGCAGCCGCAGACCACCGUCAACCCCGACCGCGUCAAACAGGCCAAGCUGAUCGUCCCUAACAGCACGGCGGGGCUGAUCAUCGGUAAAGGUGGAGCGACAGUGAAGGCGGUGAUGGAGCAGUCCGGGGCGUGGGUCCAGCUAUCCCAGAAACCCGAGGGCAUCAACCUGCAGGAACGGGUGGUCACCAUCAGUGGGGAGCCCGAGCAGAACCGCAAAGCCGUGGAGAUCAUCGUCCAGAAGAUCCAGGAGGACCCACAGAGCUCCUCCUGCCUCAACAUCUCCUACUCCAACAUCACAGGCCCUGUCGCCAACUCCAACCCCACCGGCUCCCCGUACGCCAACUCCACCGAGGUGAUGCCGUCCGCGGCCGCCGCUGCAGCAUCCGCCGCUUCUUCUCUGCUCGGCCAGGCUAGCUUGGCCGGGGUCGGGGCCUUCCCCACCACCAUGUCCAGCUUCUCAGGCAACGACCUGCUGGCCAUCACAUCCGCCCUCAACACCCUGGCCAGCUACGGCUACAACACCAACUCCCUGGGCUUGGGUCUGAAUCCCGCGGCAGCCUCAGGAGUGUUAGCAGCGGUAGCAGCUAAUGCUAACCCAGCAGCAGCCGCCGCAGCUAAUUUGUUAGCAUCCUAUGCCAGUGAUGCAUCCACCAGCGUUCACCAAGCAGCGAGUCUCGGGGGCUUCUCUCUGGGAUCCUUGGCUGCUGCAGGAGCCACCAAUGGCUACUUGAGCGCCGCGUCGCCCCUGUUGGGGUCAUCUCUACUGGCCCAGGAGAAGCUGGGAGAAGGAGCAAAGGAAGUGGUGGAGAUUGCCGUGCCAGAAAACCUGGUGGGAGCCAUCUUGGGGAAAGGAGGGAAGACGCUAGUGGAGUACCAGGAGCUGACCGGCGCCAGGAUCCAGAUCUCCAAGAAAGGCGAGUUCAUCCCUGGAACUCGGAACAGGAAGGUGACCAUCACAGGGUCUCAGGCCGCCACGCAGGCUGCACAGUACCUGAUCAGCCAGCGAAUCACCUACGAGCAGGGGGUACGUGCCACCAACCCACAGAAGGUGGGCUAAACCUGACAGCCAAUGAGAAACGAGGAGGAAAAGAGCGGAAAAAAAGAGUGGGGGCUUGGGGGAGGAGUAUAAAAAAUUGAAAGUGAGAAUGGAAAAAGGAGAGGAGAGCAAGAAUGUCAGAAGGAAUCGUCUGCGCCGUUUUCUUCUGCCCGUUUUCAGUAUUCUCUAUAAAAAAAGAAAUGUUGACGCAAAGCAAAAAUGUGCUGAGAAGACGAGGAGGGAAUGGAGCGAGUUAUCACGCUGAAAAACCAAGAAAAAAAUGUGUAACUAAAUGUGUAAAUAAGGUUUUAUUACUUAACGUCUUGACCUUUCGGGAUUUUUUAUUGUUUUGUUUUAUUGUUUUGAUUAGUAAAUUAAGCUGUCUGUUUGUUCGUUUGUGUAUUGUGUGGACAGAGCUGAAUGCCAUGAAGACAGGCCGACUGCCUGAGAGGCGACAGGAAGUAGGGGGAGGAAGGGAAGGGAAUGGGCUCACAGGGGGGAGGGUUUGCGUUUACAGGGUACAACCCAAAAUCCCUUAUGGAAGUAACCCUAACCCCUCCCUUCCCCUGAAGCCCACACCGGUCACCCUCCUGUAGGGUUUUUGUUUUUCUUCUAGUUUUGAUUCGCCCCUCCGCCCCGCCUCCCCCCGAAGCCUCUCUCACUACUUGCCCACAGCCUUGCCUUCCCCUCACCCCCUCCCCCCCUUUUUACAAGGGUUUUUAUAAUGAGCAAGACUGCAAACUUAAGCCUGGUGUGCGAAAAAAGAAACGUCGUCAAAUCCCCCCGUAACCCCAUUUAUUCUCUCCCCCGUCGUAUGAUCUCAACUCCCCCCUCCUCCCCUCUUUCUGGGAGAUGAAGGAAGGGUGAGGUGAACUCGGGAAGGGGUGAGGGGCGGAGAGAAUGAGCUGGGCGUUUCUUCGUUUGCACACCACCCUCUGUAUACCCUGUGAUGUAUCCUACGAGCAGUGCAGCCCACCCCCCCCCGUACUCAGCUCUAGUGUUUGAGAUAGAAUACCGAGGCGCACGUUGAUGACCUCACGUAGUGCGAAACCGACGAGAGUGAUACUGUGCAAGCUGCGGCAAACACACAGGAUCUAUGGCGUUUUAAUUUGCAGUCUGCUUUGAUGAUUCUGUUAUUAUCUGAUAUUGUCACGAUUAUACGAAUCCUCACCAUCGUCAUUAUUUAUUGAUGAGUUCACCCAUAAAAAGCUCAGUUGUUUCGUUUUUUUAUCUGUGAAUUCAGGUUGACAUGAAUGUAAAUGAGACUAUUUUUUUGUUUUAAUUUAAAUGAAUUGAAUAUGAAUAGUAAUGUCACAAAGUGUAAUAUAUGUCUUAUUUAAGUCCAGUAAGAGAGCCGCCCCAGGCAUUAAUAUCAUUACAGUGAAGGAUUACCUUAUAUAUCCAGUCUAAGAGCAGAACAGGGAAUGCGCACACACAUGCACACAUGUACACACUGAAACAAAACACUAAUGCCACAUUUGGUGCUAGAAAAGGGAAUUCACCAUAUCUAUGAUGCAGACUGCAGUGAGACCUCUAGAUUAGCAAGAAAAUAUCUGUAAUCACACCACAGGCUGCAGUGCAGAUCUACGCAGCUAUACCUCAAACGCCUCGUCGCCAUGCUUGGCCAUCCUCCCCAUGCUCCAAAAUAUCCCCUAUGUUCUAAAUCUGUAGUAAAACGCCCUGUAAAAAUGGGCCUAAAAUGUUAAAUUGUAACCAAAAUGAAUAAUUGGGUUCUCAGAUGAGCUGCGACUGCUCAGCCUGUGGUCUUCCAAACCCAAACCCGGUCCAAGCAAGAGCACUUAAGACUCACAACGUACUACUGAGACAUUGAGAAAAGGAAACACUGAAACAUGGGGACUGUUCAUCCGGGGUCCACUGCAGAUUCUGCUCGUCUCACUCCCAGAUUUGCUAUUUUAAGACAGCAUGCACAUCAGUAAAGGAGAUAAAUAGCCUCACUGAUCUCUUAUCAAGCGACCGUCCGACUGCAUAUGAAGGGCAGACAUGAUUUCCAACACACGUCCAGGGAGUUGUUUCUGCCUCUGGCAAACUGCAGGUUUCCCGUGGCAACUGCCCACUGUAGACCCAGAAGACUGCUGAAGAUGCUGUUGUUUAUUUUUUUGGUUUUUUGGUUUGUGUUGUGUUAUAUAUAUUGUUUUUUACAAAUCGGAGUACACUGAAUUUUUGUCUUAAUGCACUGUGAAGCGAGGGAUCGGUUCUCUCUGCCUAUGAGGUCAGGGAUGUGUGCUGUAGACGGCAUCGCGAUUGGAUGGUUUUUUGUAUGGCAGGGGAAAAAAACCACACAUAUAUGAAAUAUAUGUAGAAUGCAUAUGAAGAACUUCACCAGAAAUGUAUCUGAAUACUGAAGGAGGAGAAAGAGACUAGGUCGAUGAAGAGGAUCAAUCAAUUGGGGUCACGAGUUUGAGAUCAAUUAGAGUCUACCCACCUGUUGUCCUGGAAAAUUGUUUUGUAAUCCGAGGGUGGGAUGUUGGGGGAGUGUUAGGUGUCCAGCAGCAGAUUAAAGAGACUGGAACAAAUUAUAAAUUCACUUUUCUAUCGCUGUCUUUUUCAUAAAAAUUGAUAAUGUACUGUACAUCCAAUGGGCCAAUCUAAGCCUAAUAGGAGUGUGACGGAAUGUAAAAAUGCCAAAAAAUGAGGAGGGGGUGCAUUUGAUCUAUUGAACAGCCCGGUGAGGGGAGCGACUCCUCUAAGUUAAUAAACAAAUAUGAUUCUUUUGAAACCAAUCCGACCCAUAAUGCUCCACUGUGCUAUCGAAUGUGUCACUCUCUGUUGGAGCGCCAGUGAGGGUUUAUCUCCACAGCUUGGUAAGGAGGCUUCUUUACUCCCAUCUAACACCAUCCACUCUGUCCUCACCCUCCCUCCCACCCGUCCUCAGUCCUCCAGUGCACUCCCAUCCUGACACCCCCCUCUCCUCCUACUACAUCGCUCCAUGGGUGACUAUGUCUGGUGUUACGAUCAAUGCAUGUCUGCUGCUUGCCCUAACAAACACCACAGAAUGAGUCUCUCCUCUGUUUCCCUCCUCGGGGGGCCGGGGGGGCCGGAGAUGCCCUGAUCUAACACACCACCACACCUGCAGAGGAGGUCCUAGUUGAGGCUGGCAGGGCACAGUGAACAAACACUCUUAGCUGUUGGAUCAGUGCGUUUAAGUUUAUAAUACUUUGUUUAUUUGGAAAAACUUGCUGCACAAACAUACACAUAUCGUGAGGGAAUAUUCUGUCAUUGAUGGGGUUUGACUGGAUUUAUGUUGGGUUUCUUCGUGGCAAAAACCUCAUAAGACCAUAUGAAGAUAGUGGUAGUACUCAUAGAUAGUGUGCUUUUGUUCCACUGUAGAGCUGUACUGUGCUGUAUGCAGUUAAUAAGCUAUUCUUCAGUUUAUUUAGUGCAUGUUGCUCCAUCUUUGAGCGGGUAAAUCAUGCUCGACUUGUUGUUUAUUGAGUAAAAAUUACCGAUCACAGCUUUCGUAAUGUGAGGAUUGGCUGCUUUUAUAUUUGUCAAAUCAUUGAAGCCGAAUAUGUUUGGGUUUCAGAUUAUUGGUCAGACUGAAAAAGGAAUUUGGACAGGCAUUUUCACAAGUUUCAGACAUUUAAAAGACUGAACAAAUAUUCAAUUCAUUUGAAAUAAUAUUUUGACCAUUAAUGCUGAUUUGAAGAGUUUUUCUUUAAUCGGAUUAAUUGGCCUCUACAGAAAAAGGGUGGACAACCUUUACCAUAACUAGAGCGGGUUUAUAGUUGUCCAAUUUGCGUCAUGGCUAAAUGACAUUGGAUGCAGCACAGUGCGCUUACAGUGGAAAAACGGCAUUGCUAUUCCUGAUAUAGGUGCCAUUUAAGUUGAUUAUUACUGGACGGAUUUAUUUUUCAUCUCAUUAAUUAAACCAUAGAUAGAUCCCUUUGGGUUUGUUAUUUAAACAGCGGCUAAUCUCUUUAGUUUAGGGGGGAGAUCAAAUGUGACGAGUACUGGAAGCAAUACAUGUCGUCCUGUCCUCUGCCCUCCGUCUGCCGUAGGAGCUUUGGAUAAGAUGCUGAAUAGGUUUACAUGAGUAGAAAACAUUUCAUUUGUGGAAAAUGCUGCUAUAUAAUAAUAUCUGAUGUACUAAAAAUACAACAUAUCGAAAUAUGUCCUUUAGCUGGAGAGGGUAGCUUCAAGUGGCAGUGUAAUACAAGCUCUGUUAUAAGCUAAGUUAAUAAUUGUAUAAUUCUAACCUGAACAAGUUAAAACUGUGCCAAAAUAUGUCUUUACAGAGGUAAAUAUGUUGAUUUAAACUCAUAAGAUAAGAGGAGACAUACUUUUAUAUUAAGAAAAUGUGAAAAGUGCCAAAUGAACCAUAUUUAUAAGUGAUGUAUGAAGUGAGUCGUCCACGCAACAGUUUUUAAGAAGUAAAAGCGCCUCAGUGAUGCAGAUUGUUGAAGCCCUUACUGUUCCUGCCACAAGAGGAGGGACCGCCAUGUUAGCAAUGUGUUAACCAGUCAUCUGGGAACUACACUUCCCAGAAUGCAACAGCACUACGACUCGGGCUAGACUAAUCAAUACAGCGAUAGGUUAUAACGUAAUUAUGCGAUUUAAAAAAUGUGACUCGAUAGCAUUCUUAAAUACAGCUUUUUAUAGUUACAAUGAAAAUGUAUUUUGUGGAAAUAGAUGUUAUCUUUUUUGCACGUCUAUAUUGCAUGAUAUCAAAGUGAAGCGUGGACAAAAAAAGAUUUAAAAAAAAAUCAGGCAGUGUGUCAUUCAUUUUUCAGGAAACAAAUCUCUGCAUGCCGAUAAGGGUAGAGCAUUUUGAUAUUGUUUUACACGCGUUGUUUAAGUCUGCCGACCGCAGGUGAACAAAAAGAAGUAUUUUGUCGUUAAGUUGUCUAACCAUCCUCAAAGGGAUACUCUCGAACAAACCUAAGACUAUUUUGCUACUUUCUGAGCGAGCUUGUACUAAACAGUUCUCAGUUGCUGCCUAACUUUAGACAGCAAAACUAAUCAGGAUUUAACUCUGAAGUCUGAGAUUGUCCAUGAAUGUACUCACCUCGGAAUAAGUUUGCAUAUCACUCCUCUGACCAUCGACGUGCAGUAGAGGCUUUCGUGUGUCUUUUUGUAUUCUAACAUGACUAACCCUUGACGCAACACGUGUCGAGCUCUCAGUAUAACUGUCUGUCCUUCUAACCCCCCCCUCCCCCACGCUAAGAGGCUUGUCUUGUCAUUGAUAUGCACCUUAUUGACUUUGACUUCAAAUAUGACUCGGAGCACCUCCAGCCCUGCCCUGUGUAAUUCAGUGUUGGGAGAGUCAUAAAAAGAGUGUUUUGGGUGAAAACACCCCUUCCUCACCUACAAAAAAACACUCAAACAAAUCUUCCUGCUGCACUCUCGGUCUCCCUUGGGUGCAGAAUUUGUGACAGAUUGUGUUUUGACUCUCUUAAUAUGCAAUCCAAGGCUCUGAUUUCAGGGAGAGGAUCAACACUGAAUAUUUCCAGUGUGCUCUCUCUGUCUCUCCCUUCCUCCCCCUCUAAGUUCAAUUUGAUUCUUUAAAGGAUUCAAUGUGGGAAAAAAAGAAGCCAAAUAGCGCAAUCUAAUUCCUUAUUAUGCAACCAGUAUUUGAAACGUUGGCUUCAAUUAAAUGUAUUUCAUCAACAGAUUUCACACAACUGUAUUAGGUUCAUUGAAAGCAAUAAUA